AGAGUUUGAGAAGCGCUGGAAAUGCUUUGAGUAAUCUGUUCAUACGCAGGAAGUGAAUUUAGCAUGAAUUUUAUUUGAAAUAAUUCAUAAAGUUUAAAUAAAUGUUAAUUAACUUACAGAGGUGUGUUGUGGUGUAGAAAAUUGUAUUUAUCGGCAAUAUUUUGGAGGCAAAUUGAAGGAAAAUUGCAAAAGAAAAAUCCACGAUUUUCUGAGCAAACAAAAAUACAGGGGCUCUCUUUCGAGAAUUCUCAUGGAGAGAGGAGAGAGAAAAUAAUUCACAGAGAGUUGAGAAAUUGAUGGCAACAGAUGCCGCCUGAAAUCUUGUGAAGGCAUAAAAACUGAAGAGAAGUCUGAUUUUGAAGGAUGGUCCAGUAUUUACCGGUCGGUGAGAUCAGUCUAUAUUUUGCCCUGAAUUUCAUCUUUCUCUUCUACUCAUCUUAUCGUGUCUUCAGCUAUGGGAAAUUAAUUUACAAAGAAAAUGCAGAAUUUGGCUUCAGCGAAGGUUGGUGGAUUAUUGGAAGGCCCAAAGAUGACAUGGACUAUGAGUGGCACAACUGGAAGAACUUCCUCAUUGAACAUGCUUUUUGGUACAUAAUCCACAUGAUUUUGAGUCAAAUGGUACGACUUAUCAAGCAGAGACCAUCCCCAUUCUUCUAUGCUGCAAUUUCCUUUAUUUUCAUCUUCACGCGAUACGGCAUCAUUAUGACAAUUGCAGCCUUUGCCAGCGCUUUCCUCUUCUACGGACUCUCACGGAGUGCAUCGAAGGUGAUUUUCUGGGCUGGAAGUUCAAUUUACCUGCUGGCACUGAAUCUCCUAAAGAGUGAUGCUUUCUUUGACUUUCUCACCAGGCAUACGAAGCUCGGUGAGAGCGAAAUUUAUGAGAUCUUAAUUGUUUUUGCAUGGAUGCUGCUGAAAUGCAUCAGCUUCGGCAUUGAUGCCAUUGAGCAUCGUAAAAGUAGAGAAUCUCACAGUGAUUGGGAAUUCUCCCUUGAACCCUUCAUGGGGUAUGUCUUCUACUUCCCAACACUUCAUUUGGGACCCAUUAUGAUCUACUCAAGAUACCGAAAAUCCCUCCGACAGGAAGUAAGUGAAGUGAGUACGGAGAAAAUUUUAAUUUUUCUCCGUGAUAUUUUACUCUCAAUCUUCUGGAUGGUCUUCCUGGAGGGUGCUCUGCAUUUCUUCUAUGUUAAUAAUCUUCAGACAAAUGAGAAUGUGGUGUCACAGCUGGAUUCCUGGGCUCUCUACGGGUUUGGCUACUUGCUGGGGCAAUUUUUUCACAUAAAAUACGUGAUUGCCUAUGGGAUUGGGAUGGCAUUUGCUCGCAUGGAUGACAUUGACCCACCGAGGAAGCCCAAAUGUAUCUCACGGAUUCACCUGUACUCCGACAUGUGGAAGCACUUUGAUCAUGGACUCUAUGAAUUCCUCUUCCGGUACAUUUACUGCGAACUCUGCGCUAAGACAUCUUCAGUUGGAAAGAAACUUCUUGCAAGCCUCCUCACCUUUGUCUUCAUUUACUUGUGGCACGGAUUCUACUUCUACAUCUUCAUCUGGUCCCUCAUGAACUUCCUCUGCCUCACCGUGGAGAGCUUUGCUCGGCAAAUAUCAAAAACACCCACAUACCGACGAUUCAUUCAGGAACACUUUAACCAAACGUGGGAAUAUCGAUGGAAUGGAGCUCUGGGGACGCUUCUUCUCGUUCCUGCUGUAAUCUCAAAUUUCUUCUUCCUCGCCAGCUACGACGUAGGCAUCAUAUUUGUCCAGCGGACCUUCUACAGUGGUUUUCUUCACUACCUCUGCGUAUUUGGAGGUGUUAUCUGCAUCUUCUUCACAUCAGAGUUCAUUAAACGACACGAGAAAGCUUAUAGAGAACAAAAAUCGCGGAAUUCAAGCAUCACACGAGAGAUUAUUUCACAAUAAAAAGUAUUAAUGUAAUCUUAA